GAGACAAAUCUCACCACAUGCAGAGCAGUGUUUUUGCAGAUCGUGUUUCAUUUUGGAUCAUACCUAACAUUAUCAGAUUACGCGAUUGAACGCAAAUAAUCUGGAGUCUAACCUGUGCAGCUGGAGGACAUGGCCACAUCAUCUCCACGCUUCACAUGGUGUGACUGCCGGAAGCAUAAGAUCCCCGUGAAGGACACCCACGAGCUGUGUCUGCACUGCUUGGGCCUCCAGCAUGCUAAGGAGGCUGUGCUGGAGUAUGGCAAGUGUCCCCACUGUGCAAGCAUGGACUGGAGCACCUGCAUCAACCGUCUGACCAAGGUGCAGGAGGUGAUGCACCGGGAGAGCCAGCAGCGGAAGCACGAGGCGGCACGCUCCGAGGUCCAGCCCAAGCCUGAGGCCUCCGCAGCCCCCAUCAGCCUGCCCAAAGCUGAGCUGGACCCAGGCCCCACCCUGCCACCUGCCCACCUCUCCCCCGCUGCCUCCGCCCACCCCUCCAGCAUUCCAGUCGUGUUCACCCUCCUCCCGCCUCCCCCGCCCCAGACGGUCCUCGGUCCCGGGGGAGCCAGAGCUGCUUACCUGUCCCAGCUGGCUGUGCAGCAGUCCGCUGACUCCACCCCCUCCAUCAGCCACCUGGGCCCUCACAGCCUCACCGCCAUCUCACGCAAACGCCGCCACUUCUCCUCAUGUCGCUCCCGGUGCUCUCAGCGGGCCAAGAGAAGCCGGGCGGGGCACAGGCAGAGGCACUCCCCCUCCUCCUCCUCUUCCCCCUGCUGGAGCUCCGGGGAGGACUCGUGUGCAUCGGGGACGGGACAGAGGUCCGGGCGGGGGACGGGCCGGGGCGGGCAGAGGCACCAUGAGCUGCUUGAGGCGCUGCAGCAGAGGCUGGUUGCCCAGCAACAGGCUGUGCACAUGCAGUGGAGUCUCCUGGAUAAACGCAUCGAGGCUCUGGAGAGGAGACCAGUGGAAGCCGCUGCGCUGCUCUCUGUGUCCUCCCAGACCUCCUCCGAUCCUCAGAAGACGUCAUGGGACGCGCAGCAGCAGAGGGAACAGUCGGGCUCGUCCAGUGAGCAGCUGGUCACAGCUUCCAUCACCGUGGUGAAACAGGAAGAGGAGCCUUCAUCCAUCUCAUCCGUCUCCAGGCCUUUGAGCGACGCAGAGCGGGAGGAGGCCUCCCAGUCUGCAGACGCCCUCUCCCAGCAGGACCUGCUGGAGGCCAAGGAGCUGCAGAGUCUGGUGGCGCGAGCAGCCAGCUACCUGGGUGUAGACUUCCCCAGCUCAGCCUCUGGCCCUCCAGACCCCACCAUGGUGCCUGAGUUUGAGGACCUGGUCCAGAGCAGCUGGCAGAACCCGGCCAGCUCGCUGCCCCACCGGGAACACCUGUCCCGGAUGUACCGCCUCCACGACUGGCAGUCCCCUGCCUACCAGCAGAUGCCGCAGGUCAGCUGCUUCAUGUCGGCCAUCUUCCAGGCGGUGACGCCCUCGGAGAAGAAGGACUCGCCGCUGCCAGCGGAGCAGCUGCGUGUGACGGAGACGCUGGUGGAGAAGAUGUACGAGACGGGCGGAAUGCUGGCCAAGACGGCCAACUACCUGCGCUACCUGUCGGACUACCAGAGACGGCUGCUGGAGGAGGUGGCCAAGGACCAGCACGCCCAGCGCUUCGGGACCGUUCUGGACGAGCUGAAGCUCAUCGGACAGUUCACCCUCCUCAUGUCGUCCCACCAGGCGGAGCUCUCAGGGAGGGUCAUGUCGGCUUCAGUGGCUGUCCGCAGGCAGAUCUGGAUGGCCAAGACCAGCUACACUGACUCUCUGAAGGCCACAGUGGCUGACCUUCCCUUCGUGGUCAGCCAUGCCUUUGGGGUGGGAUCUGGCCCCAGCUCCUCUGGGUCGGCAUGCAAGCAGGAGGUGGCCGAGGGCUAGUCUGAGGAGAUAGCUGAGGAGCUAGCCUGAGGAGCUUAGCUGAGGAGCUAGCCUGAGGAGCUAGCCUGAGGAGAUAGCUGAGGAGCUAGCCUGAGGAGAUAGCUGAGGAGCUAGCCUGAGGAGCUAGCUGUUCCUAAUGGUUACAGCUACAGAAUCAAGGACUGACAGUGUGUUAGAUAUCCACUAGAUAGUAUUCUGCAGUUUAUCAAUUAUUUCAUGUUGUGUUUGUUUUUCUUUACAAUAAGAUGUUUUUCACAUGAUUAUAGGUAGUCUUUUUAAACAGUCAAACGUUCACUGCCCUCUACCUCACUCCCACUGUUCGGCAGAGAUUGAUUUUUAAAGUAGUCAACAAUAAAAGUGCC